CUUGGAGGUGAUGUCAUGGCGAGAGCGAGCAGUGGUGCUGAUGUUGAGAGAAGCCCAGGGUACCACUAAUUGAGGGAGUGAGGAAGAGAGCAGCUCGCUUCUAACUGGACUGCACGUUGGUGACAGUGUCUCAAGCUGGUGACAGACCCACUCUGUAACUUUCAGCUAGAUUCAGCCACCAGAUCCCAGAAACAUGACCCUUGCUGCCUACAAAGAGAAGAUGAAGGAGCUCCCGCUGGUGUCCUUGUUCUGCUCCUGCUUCCUGGCCGAUCCCCUGAAUAAGUCGUCCUACAAAUAUGAAGGCUGGUGUGGGAGACAGUGUAGGAGGAAGGAUGAAAGCCAGCGGAAAGACAGUGCUGACUGGAGAGAAAGAAGAGCGCAGGCAGACACGGUGGACCUGAAUUGGUGCGUCAUUUCCGACAUGGAAGUCAUCGAGCUGAACAAAUGCACCUCGGGCCAGUCCUUUGAAGUCAUCCUGAAGCCACCCUCCUUUGAUGGGGUUCCCGAGUUCAACGCCUCCCUGCCCAGGCGGCGAGACCCAUCCCUGGAAGAGAUCCAGAAGAAACUAGAAGCGGCUGAGGAGCGAAGGAAGUACCAGGAAGCGGAGCUCCUGAAACACCUAGCAGAGAAACGGGAACAUGAGAGAGAGGUGAUCCAAAAGGCCAUUGAGGAAAACAACAACUUCAUCAAGAUGGCUAAGGAAAAACUGGCCCAGAAGAUGGAAUCCAACAAGGAGAACAGGGAGGCCCACCUCGCCGCCAUGUUGGAACGGCUGCAAGAGAAGGAACCGCCUGCUGCGCGGUGACUCCCGGGACCUGAUCGGUGGCCUCGUCCCAUGGACAAGCACGCCGAGGAGGUGCGGAAAAACAAGGAGCUGAAGGAAGAGGCCUCCAGGUAAAGCCUAGAGGCCAAAGAACUUUCCAGGUCAGCCGGACAGCUCCAGCAGCUCCACGUUCCAGGCAGCCUCGCCCGCCGGCUGCGCUCCCAGCACUGGGGUUUGGGGGGAGGGGGGUGGCCAAGGGGCGUUUCCUCUGCUUUUGGUGUUUGUACAUGUUAAGAAUUGACCAGUGAAGCCAUCCUAUUUGUUUCCGGGGAACAAUGACGGGGUGGGAGAGGGGAGAGGAGAGAGUUUGGGAAAGGGAGAUGGAGAAGAACUCAAGGACGUUGCAACCCUGCCCGGCGCAGAUCUGAUUUUCACAUCUCUACCUGGACAUUGAGCCUCCAGGCACCAUGUUGAGGAGAGAUGAAAACCAGGGCGGUAGAACUUCAGGGUGAAGGACAGAGUCCUGGGUGGGGCAGCGGCUGCAGGGCGCACCAGAGAACCCAGCCAGAGGGGGUGUGAGUACCAGUGGUGUUGCUUCCGCCCUGCAGCAGGUGGGAUGAGGUCUGUGUGUGUGUGUGAACCAUCAUUUUUUGAUCAUCAUGACCAAUGAAACAUUGA